UCGUGUUCCAAGAAAACUGUCAACAUGGCUCGAAAUUCGGAAAAGGCCCAGUCUAUGCUCUUCCGCUUCCGUGAAGCGCAAGCAGCAGACUUGGGCAUCAUUGACGCCGGACGAACACGCCGCCCCAAGGUCAUCACCGAAGUCGAUUCGAUCCCAUCGUGCGAGAAAUGGCGCGGCCAAGUCCUCAAGGAGAUCUCGCGCAAGGUUUCUCGGAUCCAGGACCCCGUGCUGAGCGACUACCAGAUCCGCGACCUCAACGAUGAAAUCAACAAGCUGAUGCGCGAGAAGCACAUGUGGGAGGUGCAGAUACGGAAUCUAGGCGGACCAAACUACAUGAGAGGAGGAGGGAAGAUGUAUGACGAGCAGGGCAGAGAAAUACCCGGUGGAGGGAAAGGCUACAAAUAUUUUGGGCGAGCGAGGGAGCUGCCAGGAGUCAAGGAGCUCUUUGAGGCCGCCCAAUCCAGGAAGAAGGAGGACAAGCCACUGGAAACAAGCAGAGACUUGAGAAAAAACGUGGAUGCGGCGUAUUACGGCUAUGCUCCGAACGAAGAGGACGACGCGCUGCUACAGUACGAAGCCGAGAAAGAAAGAGAGGCAUUGGCAAAUCUCCUGGCGACGGGAUCACAAGGAGCGCCGGACGGUUGGGAACCGUUACCCGGAGACAGCGGUGACGGCCAUGGAUGGGCACUGCCCACGCUGGAGGAAGUUCAGAUGGAGCUUCUUGAGAGGAGAAGACGGAAGCUACUUGACCAGCUAUAAGCCGAUGCUUACCUCUGAUCUGACGACAUUUUUCACGCAUCGACUGGCCUCAGAAAUGCAAGAUUGAACGCAGGUCCACCGUUCGACUUGGACUGCGGCCGGGGAUUCAAGAUACCAACUGCUUUAUAUUACCCUUUGUUGGACGAUUCCUUUGGUACUCGAGGCUUCAACAGAGUAUGAAUAUUUGGUCAGGAUAAUGCGCCUGCAUCGGUCCAACUCGUGUAGCAUACUGCCGGCUAUAUGGCGAGCGCUAUUGUAUCCCUUGGAUACGCCCAUGUCUUUCGGUAUUUUGCUGGCUGGCUGGCUGCUGACUGAUUGGCUGACUGGCUAUCCUGGCAAGGAUUUCAGAAGAUUGUCAGGUCGUUGCAGGCUUGAAUGCCGACACUAGGUAUCAUACUGUGGUUAAGAAGAGAGGGAGAGCCCAUUGUUGUUUAUAUGCCUUCACCAUGAAGCACGAUUGCUCUUCUACGCACGUGGGCAGGACUUGGAUAUAAUCUCGAUGGCGUUCAGGAAAAUGGAUUUAAUGGAUUUUGUUUGGGUGUUGAUGCGAAAAUAUUUCCUUGAUAUACUGUUUAGCGCAAAAGAGCAAACAUCCCUUUGUUUUC